GGUCGCUAGAACCUGUAUUUUUAUUACGUUCGUUUAUAUUAAAUUAUAAUAUUAAAAAAAUAUCGUUUCAUUAACGGAGCUAUUAUAAGUGAUAUUAAACAAAUGCUUUGUUAUAUAUAUUGUGUGUGUUUUGGAUGUUAUCUGUUGUAUAUUUAGAUUGUUUUGUGAUAUCAAAAUGUCGGAUUCAGAAGCUGCCGUGUCGCCGUUGAAGAGGAGUGUUAAUUUGGUUUUGAGAACAGUUUUUCAUGCGUUGUGUUUCGUAUUAUUCUGUGGCGUGCUCGCGUACGGUUUCUUUAUAUGGUUCACGAUCAGCGAGGAACAGGCUACAGUGCCUCUUCUGAACGAUUUAAAGGUUUUGACGCCUUUCUUCUUCACCAAUUGGAACUUUGUGUUCCAGACGUUAUUCCUCGGGCUGUCUGUGUUCUAUGACGUGUCAGAAUGGAUGGACAAAACGGAGAGCACGCUCGCACGUCGCGUCAAGUACUGGAGAGACGUUAUAUUCAAAGGAAUGGUCGUGCCUUUCACCUUGUUCGUAACUUCAAUGUUUUGGUGUGUGUACGCCAUCGACCGAGAGCUGGUGUUCCCUCAGGUGUACGACGCCGUUGUGCCUUGGUGGUUCAAUCACUGCGUCCACACUAACAUCACUAUAGUCAUCGCCAUAGAAACAAUACUUCAAGCCAGAAGGAAACCAACGGACAAGAAGCUGGAGCUCAUCUUCUACUGGGCGAUCGCGUUCGCGUACGCCAUCGUGUACUACACUAUUUAUUUCGUGACAAAGAGAUGGCUGUAUCAAGUUUUUGGCACCAUGACCUGGUGGCAAGUCUGCCUCUAUCAGCUUUUCAUAUGGGGUAUAUCUUACGUGUUCUAUGUGAUGCAAUUCCCCAUCAACAGACUUAUACAUGGGAAGGACGACACUGACGCCAAAGAAACAGAGCAUAGUCCCAAAGACAAUGAGGUGGCGUUCUCAAAGACUUGGAGUAUGAAGUUCGGAAACACAAAAGCUGACGAAAAUUCCAGGCUGUGAAAUAAUAAAGCUGAUAAUAUAUUUGCGAAUUUACGAAUCUUUCGUGUCAAAAAGUUGUGAUGUUGCCAGAAAGGAAUAUUAAUAGUAAAUUAACAUUGUAACGGAUGAGUUAAUGUUGAAAUUAAUUGAUUGUUGAACCUACAAACAGCAAAGCCAGUCAGAACAAAUACAGAUAAGAGUAAAAAUAGUACAGUCUUAAUAGGAUAAUUACUUAAUGUAUUUUAACCGGGGGUAUGACGUGAAAGGGACGAGAUGGUUAUAGGGAAUUUGGAACCGAAUCACUUUUAAAAAAAUGUAUGUCGUAAGAAAAUAUUUUUUAAUGUUUUUUUUAUUCAGAAAUAAUGUAUAUUAUUAAUAAGGUAUUACAAUAAACAUAUAUUUAGAAUAUUA